UUGGGGUUUUGCAACUGGCAGCUGGCUCUUUUUCCCCUCCCCUGUUCGCUCGCUCCUUCUUUUAGGUUGCUCCACCCCGCCGAGGAUCGGGCGAGGGGAACCAGCUUGGCCGCGGCUGCCAACUCGCGCCGAGCGCGUCUGCGAACUCCCGGAGUGGAGUCCCGCGUCCCGCCUCGUCCCUGCGGGGCGCGCUGUCCUCGCUCCCCGGGGCCCCGCGUCCUUCCCCCCGCAACCCUUCCCCACUUUUCCCCCCUUUUGCAAUCACAUGGCAUUUUAAGAAUGCCGGAAAGAUGGCGGUAGCGGCGGCGGCGGCGGCGGCUGGGCCGGCUGGCGGGGGAGGCGGCCGGGCGCAGCGGAGCGGGCUGCUGGAAGUUUUGGUGCGGGAUCGCUGGCACAAAGUUCUGGUGAACUUGAGCGAGGACGCCCUGGUUCUGAGCUGCGAGGAGGGCGCUGCGGCGUACAACGGCAUCGGGACCGCCACCAAUGGCUCAUUCUGCAGGGGCGCCGGGGCCGGGCACCCGGGCGCGGGCGGCGCGCAGCCCCCGGACUCGCCAGCCGGGGUCCGCACCGCCUUCACCGACCUGCCCGAGCAGGUGCCCGAGUCCAUCUCGAACCAGAAGCGCGGCGUGAAGGUGCUGAAGCAGGAGCUGGGCGGGCUGGGCAUCAGCAUCAAAGGGGGCAAGGAGAACAAGAUGCCCAUCCUCAUCAGCAAGAUCUUCAAGGGGCUGGCGGCGGACCAGACCCAGGCCCUGUACGUGGGCGACGCCAUCCUGUCGGUGAACGGGGCCGACCUGCGGGACGCCACCCACGACGAGGCGGUGCAGGCGCUGAAGCGCGCUGGCAAGGAAGUGCUGCUGGAAGUGAAGUACAUGCGAGAAGCCACACCCUACGUGAAGAAAGGAUCCCCGGUGUCCGAGAUCGGGUGGGAAACGCCGCCGCCUGAAUCCCCUCGGUUAGGGGGAAGCUCGUCAGACCCCCUGUCAUCGCAAUCCUUCUCCUUCCACAGAGACCGGAAAAGCAUCCCCCUCAAAAUGUGCUACGUCACUCGCAGUAUGGCCUUGGCUGACCCUGAGAACAGGCAGCUUGAAAUCCACUCUCCAGACGCAAAGCACACGGUCGUCCUAAGGAGCAAGGACUCAGCCACUGCUCAGGCCUGGUUCAGUGCCCUCCAUUCCAACGUCAAUGACCUGCUGACCAGAGUGAUUGCCGAGGUCAGAGAGCAGCUGGGGAAAACAGGCAUUGCAGGGAGCCGAGAGAUCAGACACCUUGGCUGGCUUGCAGAAAAGGUGCCAGGGGAGAGCGAGAAACAGUGGAAACCAGCCCUGGUUGUAUUGACGGAGAAAGACCUUUUAAUCUAUGACAGCAUGCCACGGAGGAAGGAAGCCUGGUUCAGCCCAAUUCACACAUACCCUCUUCUUGCCACCAGGCUGGUCCAUUCAGGUCCAGGAAAGGGUUCACCCCAGGCUGGUGUGGAUCUGUCCUUUGCAACACGAACUGGUACCAGGCAAGGGAUUGAAACACAUCUCUUCAGGGCAGAGACCAGCAGGGACCUCUCCCAUUGGACAAGGAGCAUAGUUCAGGGUUGCCACAAUGCUGCUGAACUCAUUACCGAAAUCACCACCGCUUGCACCUAUAAAAACCAGGAGUGCCGUUUGACCAUUCAUUACGAGAAUGGAUUUUCCAUUACCACUGAACCACAGGAGGGUGCCUUUCCCAAGACAAUCCUACAGUCUCCUUAUGAAAAGCUCAAAAUGUCUUCGGAUGAUGGAAUCAGGAUGCUGUAUUUAGAUUUUGGAGGCAAAGAUGGAGAGAUCCAACUGGACCUUCAUUCCUGCCCCAAGCCAAUUGUUUUCAUCAUUCAUUCCUUUCUGUCAGCUAAGAUUACAAGACUGGGCUUGGUGGCCUGAAGAAAGGGGCGACUUGCCUUUGAGAAAAGGUGGGCUGCAAUGCCACCAGAGUAUGUGACGUCAGACAUCAUCUGUAGUGAGCAGCGCACCAGACGUAGCAUGCGACAGUGAGCUUUAGGUCUCAGGAGUCAUGUGUAACUGUCCCCAACUUCUCUGUCAGUUUCAGCAACUACAAGGGGGGUAUCCUAAGAAAGCACCCUGAGAAAUAUCAGAAUAAAGAUUUUUAGAACAGUACAAGGUUAAAGAGGUGAGGGCGAUUGGAAAUACACAGAAUAGCUUCUAAAUAAUGACAACCAAGGACAUGACCAUUAGAACAGCAUGUGCAGAUCUUAAUCGUACCAGUUUCCAGGCAACUGGUUCAGCCAGGUAAGCAAGGGCUGAAUAGGUGAGAAAUGGACAUUGUCACCUCUUCCCCCAGCUUCCUACCCCUAGUAACAAUGAUCUCUUGUUUCACUGUGAUUUAUUUCCUGAUUCUAGUUGAGUUGACUUUCACUGGUAGGAAAAGAAAAAUACUUCAUAUAGAAACCAACCUUUCAUUUAAGUAUAAAGUAGUUGUUACUUUUUUUUAAAACAAAUUAUCUUUCAAUAGUGUAGGAUGAUUCCCAAGUAUUCUCAUUAGCAUAUGCUGAGCAGGAAUUAGAUAAAGCAUCAGAUACUGGUCUGAGCUGUAAGCUAGUGGAAUCUGAGCCAAAGUUGAGUGUUUAAAUUGAUAAAGCUUUGCUAAGGAGUUGUAUGCACAAAAGUUGAUUAAUUCUGGGACUACUCUCACGUCAAGGUCUGCUGUCUUAUAGCCAAGACUGAUAGCUUUAUUUAUAGAGAGCAAAUUAUGGGUAUUUUUUUAGAAAAGAUUGUCAUCUGAUUCAUAUGUAUAAAACUCACAUGGUUGGGGUUAACUAAUUAUCACUAUUUCAUGGUUUUAAGUGGCAAUACUGAGCAGUUUAUUGACCCUUGUUUCUGCCUGUGCUUGUAGGCAUGCAUUUUUCACACAAGUAAUAGAGCAGCCUAGUUUAAUUCUGGAUAAUGCUGGGGUUUACAUAUAGGCCCAGUAUUUUAAUCAAAUCUAUUGAUAGUAUCUGCAGCUCUCUCAAAAUUCCAGGGAAAUAAUAUAAUGACCUGAUAUUUUUCUACAAGAAUAUUUUCAGACAAUAUAUAGCACAUUACUGAUUUAAUGCUUUUGCUUUUAUCUUUCAAAACUAAUUCACUAAAAAUAACACCUAUUAUUUGGAGUCACUUUUUUCAAACCUUGAAAAUUAGCUCUAGGAUUUCUGUAAGCAUUUCUAGCACUUAUUUUUUUCCUCUGUAGUUUACGUAGACAGACUUUCUGUGUUAGACCUGUGUAUUUUUUAAGAAUCUUAUUUUUAGCAAGUACCCAUGCAAAGACCUUAAAAAAGUGAAACUGUUUUAAAGGAAGGUGACUUUGCUCACUCGGACAUAGUGUUUACUGAGUUGCAAAGUUUUAUUUUAAAUCAGCAUUUCCCCAAAGUAUGAAUCAUAUGACACUAGUUCCAUGAGACAUUGAUCGAGUGGUGUUUUGGAGGGUGGGGAUAGCAGUUUGGUAACAAACUUUGUUUGAUACUGAGUUUAAAAAAUGUUAAAUAGGUUUCAUGAUUGCCAGCCUCCUCAAAGACUUUAAAGUAACCUGGUGAGCCAUUCCUCACCCUUACCUACAGAACUCCUUUCUAAUGGAACAUCGUGUAAAGCUAGUGCUUUUUAAGAAACUGCCUUAGAAAACACAGCUUUAGGAUGUUGAUUUUGGUUUGUUUGUUUCCUAUUAUAAAAUGCUGAAGAGUAAAGUCCCAGCUUGAAUACUGUAGGAAAGCUUUGAUGCAUUUGUAAAUUAUAUUGCACUCUUUCACGAUAUAUUUUCAAAAAUCACUGGAAUGUUGUUAUACAAAAGAAUUAUACUUGUGUAUUGUAAAUAACAUGUUAAAAUACAUAUAUUAAUGCUAAUAGUUUAAUUCAACAGUAUGUAAUCUAAGGUGCUCGGUACUACAUGAAGUAUGAGUUAAUUACUCAUAAAUAAGUUGCAAAAAUCCUAUUAUAUAUUUAUAGACAAAUUAAAAUGAUCAUAACUACAAA